AUGAGCAAGGCUGAAACAGAUCUCACCAAAGUGGUUUUCAAUCCAUCGAAGUCGUUCACAUUUCAACCUGUGGCCAGGAAACAACAAGCAACACUGGAGAUCACUAACAAUUCGACGAGCUCAGUUUUAGUCAAAUUCAAGAACACUAAUCCGGAUCUUCUUAUGACGGUCCCCAAGACGGCGAGUAUUAGAAUUGGAGAGAAGAAAGUUUUCAAGUGCACCUUCAAAGGAGCUCCAAAAGAAAAGUGUCGUCCAAAAGAAAGAUUCACCGUUGUUUUGGUAGCUGCUUCUGAAAACGCGGACAUCGCAAAAGUGAAAGGGAAAGCACACAAAACUGCGUGCUUGAAGCAUUUGAUCCAGAUCAUAUUCGUUGGAGUCAACGAUCAGAAAGAGAAAGAUACUCAACAACCGACAAAUGUGGAAGACGAUGAGGAUAAGGAUCGUCAGGGACAGAUGCGUGCAAAGAGCAAGGUUGAGCCCACUCCCAAGGUCAAGAAGGUAGCAAACUUGAUAUUCCUCACGAGACCAGAGGAGGAAUCAAUUUCGGAUGAAGAUGAAGAGAAUGGUGGAACUGUUCCAGCUGGACCACCUCCAGGAGAUGAUAUGAUGACAACUCGUCCUGCUGGAACUUUCACUGGUCAAGUAGCUCCCAACCCAAACGCUGCUGAAAAUCCAAAAAGUGACCUUCGUACAACUCGUCCUGCUGGGGCAUUCACUGGACAGAUAGCUUCUAAUCCCGAGGCUGCUGGAGGUGCUCCAGUCUCAAAAAGUGAAAUGAAAACCACUCGUCCAGCUGGAACAUUCACUGGUCAAACUGCUUCGAAUCCCACUCCUGGAGCACCUGAAGAUCCAAAAAGUACAGGAAUGCAGACGACUCGUGCUGCUGGAGCGUACAAUGGCCAGGUUACUCCAAAUCCGACACCUGGAAAGAAUCAGGAUUUAAAGACUACUAAAAACGCUGGAGCUUACGACAAUCCACAGAAGAGCAAUAAGUGA